AUACCAUUGUCAUUCGCAUUCGUUUUCUGUGGCAGUGUUGUGUUGCUUGUUGGUAGCUGGUGAUAGAUAGAAAAGAGUAACAAGAAAGAAAGCGAAAGAGAAAAAGAAAUUAGAAAGAUGGUGGAAGCUUGUGUGGUGCAAGGUUCAAUUCUGAAGAAGGUGAUAAAGAUCACAAAGAAAGUGGUAACUGAUGGAGCCAACUUGGUUUUCUCCCCCGCCGGUUUCUCCCUGAAAGCCACCAAUCGUUCAUUAGGGGCAACUGUAGCCGUCGUCCUCCCCGGAGAUGCUUUCGACCAUUACCACUGCGACCACACAGUCGCCAUUGCCCUCGACCUCCACUGCAUGUCCCGGAUCUUUCAUGUAACCUCCGAUGAUGAAAUCAUCACCAUGCAAGACUGUCGCGGACGAGAGGAUGUCACAGUCCUCAUCGAGACUCCAUGUCAUGGCAAGAUAUCGGAGUUUACGAUAAUGAAAGAGAUAAGUACAGACAACCCACGACAGCUGCAUCCGUUGCAUAUGCACCAUCCCAUUAUUGAGACAGAGAUCCUGGCUAGUCUAAGGAUGCCUUCUCUUGUGUUUUCAACAAUUUGCAGCGAACUCGCUGAUAGUGGGGACGAUGUUACGAUUAAGAUUAUUGAGGAGAAGGGGAAGACGGUCAAGUUUAUCACCAAAGGGGAACUUGGGACUUCAAUGGUAGUGUGCAGGCAUAAUGUUGAUGUCGACAGGGUGGAGGAAGCAAUUGUGAUAGAGAUGAAUGAGACUGUGAGCGUGACAUUUUCAUUGAGGUUGAUAAAUUCUUUUGCAAGGGGAGCAGAGUCAUUGUCUGAAACAGUCGAUAUCAAUUUCUUAAGAGAUAAGCCUUCUGUGGUUGAGUACAAAAUUGCCCAGACUGGUUAUGCUCGCUUUUAUUUGCAUCCUAGCAAAGAACACUAAACAGGACGAGAUCUAGGAGAAGAUAAAACCUCAAGAGUAGGUGCUCUGAUGGGACUUUUAAAUUCGAUUGCAGGAUUUGUUAUCUGAUGAGAUUUUAGAUUCGGUUGAAGGAUUUCUUAGACAUUUUAAACAUAUGUUUGAGCUAAAAUUCGAAAUUCAGUA